UGUAGAUACAUUUCGAGAAAAAAAAGAUACAAAAAAAAGGUAUAAAAGAUUGCCUCCCACAUUCAUUUAACAAAACAGUUCAUUUCACAUCAGACCCCUGACUUGAGCUUGUCGCUUUUACGUCUCUAUCUGGAUAUUAGCUUUCCCACAAUAAAUUGUCGGGUCUCUAAGGAGUUAAAUAAAAAUGCUUCAGCUCCUUUACCCUCUGCUUGUGAUAGCUUCAGGUACUCUGGGCAUUAGCAAUGUCGGCGGUGCCGAAGAGAGCUCUGUCUCAUCUACUCCACACGAACUCGAUUGGUGGCAAAGUAUGGUCCUCUAUCAAAUCUAUCCCCGUUCGUUCAUGGACAGCGAUGGCGAUGGUAUCGGCGACCUACGUGGAAUCAUAUCGAAGCUAUCGCACCUCUCCUCGUCAGGAAUCAAAGCGACCUGGUUGAGCCCCAUCUUCCAAUCGCCCAUGAUCGACUUUGGCUAUGACAUAUCCAACUUCACUGCCAUCCAUGAGGAGUACGGAACAAUGGAGGACUUUGAGGACUUAGUUGCCGAAGCAAAGAGAUUAGAUAUAAAGCUGAUUCUGGAUUUUGUGCCGAAUCACUCGUCGGAUCAGUGCGAAUGGUUUCUGAAAUCGGCAGCCCGAGAGCCUGGCUACGAGGACUUCUAUGUGUGGGCCGACGGAAGGCAUGAUGAGGAUGGAGAAAGGCAACCGCCAAAUAACUGGAAAUCGGUGUUUUAUGGCUCGGCCUGGACGUGGCAUCCGGAACGGGAGCAAUAUUACUUGCAUCAGUUCACGGCAGCCCAGCCAGACCUGAACUACCGGAAUCCCAGUGUAAUUAAGGCCAUGCAGGAGGUGCUCUUGUUCUGGCUGGAUAAAGGUGUUAGUGGCUUUCGUGUAGACGCAGUGAAUCAUUUGUUCGAAGUCGAGGACUUGAGGGACGAACCGGAGACUGGCAGCGUAAAGGAUUCUAACUCGUACGAGUUCUUGCAUCAUUAUUACACAAAGGAUUUGCCAGAGGUGUACGAUAUAAUAUACAGCUGGAGAGAUCUUCUAGAUAAAUACAAGGAGGAACACAACGACGGGCUAACACGAAUAAUGAUGACAGAAGCCUAUGCAAAUGUUACUUGCCUCAUGAAUUUCUACGAGGACGAUACCGGAGCUCACAAGGGAUCACACAUUCCAUUUAAUUUUAUGAUGAUUACGAGCUUGUUCAAGACAUCCGAUGCCAGGGAUUUUGUGUUCACAUUUCAGAGGUGGAUGACAUAUAUGCCGGUGGGUGGUACAGCUAAUUGGGUUAUUGGUAAUCAUGAUGUACCAAGAGUUGCCUCGAGGUUUGGCAAAGAAAUGGUUGAUCCUAUGAACAUACUUUUGAUGACAUUGCCUGGAGUGGCUGUCACCUACAAUGGUGAUGAAAUCGGAAUGGAAGAUUUCCGAGAUAUUGCCUGGGAAGAUACAAAAGAUCCACCCGCCUUGGCUGUUGGACCGGAAAAAUACAAAGAAGUUUCUCGUGAUCCGGUCAGGACUCCAUUCCAAUGGGAUGGUACAAAAAAUGCUGGUUUUUCAACUGCCAGCAAAACAUGGCUACCAGUUAAUCCAAAUUUCAAAACUGUCAAUCUUGCCAUGCAAAUGAAAGCCGAAAAGAGUCACUAUAAACUCUAUAAAAAACUCAUAGAGCUAAAAAGGCAACCAACCCUGGCAAAAGGUGAAUUCUACCCCAUGGCCCUGAGUCGGAAAACAUUUGCAUUCAAAAGAGAGUUGAAAGGACACCCAACAUUCAUCACUGUAAUUAAUGUGACUCCUUGGGAAGAUCUUGUAGACCUCAGACCUUUGAUGGGUGAUUCGCCAAAGGAAUUGACGAUUGUAGCCGCAGGAACUGAAUCAACUUAUACUGAAGGAAAUACUGUUUUGGUUAACAGAAUCUUCAUGGGUCCAAACGAAUCCCUGAUCCUUAAAAUACGCCCGUCAAUGUCAGAAGAACGUCGGGAGCUUAUCAAAACCAUAAUUAAGUCAGGAAAUAUAAUUUUGGUUGGAAUGCUGAUGUAUAAACUCUGGAACAACAAAUGGACUAAAUUGACUUUUAAUAAGUCCGGUUUUUAAAAAAAUAUUACGUACAAUAUUU